AUGGGAACGUUAAAAUCUCCGCAUUCGACAUCGCAAAAUUGGACCGACUGUUUGCCAGUGUGCAAGAACACAGGAAUAGGAUUCUCCACGAACCAGAUUUACAGGGAGGACGGCAAUCCGCAGGAGGAGCACGGCUACGAAGACUGCAGCUGCCAUUUCAAAUUCAACGAAUCCUUCUAUUGGUACUCGGUGUUCGAUGGGCACGAAGGGAAAAUGGCGGCGGAUUUCUGCUGCCAACGCAUGACCGCCGAGAUAUACUUCUCCAAAUUACUGGACAAAUCCGGCAACAUCGUGGACAAAUCCGACGAGGAGGUCAAGGAGUUCCUGAGCCAAGCCUUCGCGACCGUCGAGGAGGGCUACAUGCAGAGCAUAGCCGAUUUACUGGCCGAGAGGACGAGUUUAAUAUGCGACAUACCGAACGGGCUCAGCCAGUACGAGGCCUACAAAAAGGUCCCGCAUAUCGUGCAAUCCAUCAACAAGCUCAACGACGAGCUAUCCUCGGGAACGGCUGCUGCGGUGGCUUUGAUUUACGACAAGAAACUGUACGUGGCCAAUGUGGGAAACUGCAGGGUUUUGCUCUGCCAAACGGAUCCCAAUUCUGUGCUAAAAGUAGUCCAGCUCAGCGUCGAUCACGAUUUGAAAAACGAAGACGAGCUGUUGAGACUGUCCCAUUUGGGAAUCAACGCCGAGAAUUUAAGGAAAAGUUCGAGAUUGGGUAACCAAGAAAAUACGCGCUGCCUGGGAAAUUACAGCGUAAAAGGGGGAUACAAAGACUACGAGGACCUUUCGUCGGCUCUCCAGGAACCGAUUACAGCCCAACCGGACAUUCACGGCGGUAUAACUUUGGACGAAUCGUCGAGAUUUCUUCUACUAAUGUCCGCGGGGCUGUAUAAAUCCAUAGCCGAGGCCACUGGUACCGAUCAAGUCAACAAGUACAUCGCCCAAUGUGUCGUCGAUCAAUUUCGCGAACAGGCCACUCUGACGGGCGUAGCGCAAGCCGUGGUAGACAAAGCGGUACGUCUACAUCACGAUUGGUACAUGUCGAAUUCCCUGAACAAUUCUUGUUCGCCCAAACGGGAAGAUAUCACGUUGGUGUUGAGGAAUUUCAAUUUUCCUCUACCGAAUGCGAUAACUACUCCAACGACUCCAUCGGUUACUUUCAAUCCGAUCGUUGCGGAAAAUACGAUCAGCAGUAGAUCGAGUACUAUGAAAAGCGAUGUGGUUAGUAGUACUAGUACGACGGUGAAAACUAGCGAUUCUUCUAGUACACGAGAUAGUGAUGAAGGGGACGAUCCUGUGGAUCCCGAUCAAAAAAUAGAGGCUUAUGUUGAUUUUUCGGAUUUCUACAGUAAUUUUAACAAAGCCAAAAAAGACGGUACUCUACCGAAGGGUCUGGAUUUAUGA